AUGGAGACCUUGAAAGGAAGUGAACUCUGCUUUCCACAGCUCCUGAAUACCUCAUGCAGGAAGCCGUUGCAACAUCGUGCUGAGACUAUAUUCCUUUACAUCUUGCUGUCCUGCAUCUCUUUGCUCACUGUGGCUCUCAACCUGCUGGUCAUCAUCUCUAUCUCCCACUUCAGGCAGCUUCACACCUCCACCAACCUCCUCCUCCUCUCUCUGGCUGUCUCAGACUUCCUUGUUGGCCUACUGCUGAUGCCGGUUCAAAUCCUCCUCAUAAGGGGCUGCUGGUUCUUAGGGAGCUUAAUAUGUGGACUAUUUUACUAUAGCUCUUUUAUCUUAACAUCUGCCUCAGUAGGAAACAUGGUGCUCAUAUCAGUUGACCGAUAUGUGGCCAUUUGCGACCCUUUGUGUUACCCCACCAAGGUCACUCUAAAAAGAGUUAAAUUCAGUGUUUGUCUGUGUUGGGCCUGUUCUGUAAUGUAUAACGGUUUGAUACUAAAUGUCUUCCUGAAACAUCCAGAUACAUAUAAUUCCUGCUAUGGAGAGUGUGUAGUUGUUAUUAACUUCAUAACAGGAGCUGUUGAUGUCAUGUUGACCUUUAUUGGCCCCAUUACUGUAAUCAUAAUUCUGUAUAUGAAAGUAUUUGUGGUGGCGGUGUCACAGGCUCGAGCAAUGAGGUCUCAUAUUGCAGCUGUCACACUCCAGGGUUCAGUUGGUGUAACUGCUAAUAAGUCUGAGAGAAAAGCAGCCAGGACCCUUGGUGUUGUUGUGGUUGUGUUUCUAAUAUGUUUCUGUCCUUAUUUUUAUCCCUCUUUCACGGGCCAGGACAUGUCAACUGAUGUGGCAUUUUCAAUUUUUGGGGUCUGGCUACUUUAUGGUAAUUCCUGUCUAAAUCCAAUGAUUUAUGCUUUUUUCUAUCCCUGGUUUAGAAAAUCAAUUAAACUCAUUGUUACACUUCAGAUAUUGCAGCCUGACUCCUGUGAUGCUAACAUACUGUAG